AUGGCCACUUCAUCUCUUCUUUUCUCAACCUCUCUUCGUACUCUCUCCUCCUACCUGCCGAAGCUCGAUCGCCGACGACAGUACAAUCCCUUUUUAAGCCACUUCCGGUCAUUAACCACAAGGCCGCCGCCGCGGUCGUUAUCCAUGGCUACUGCUAAUAAGAAGGUGGUAGAGGUGUUUGAUACAGAGGAGGAACUGUCUGUGUCUCUUGCGAAAUACACAGCAGGUUUAUCAGAUAAGUUUGCAAAAGAAAGAGGGUCUUUCACUGUCGUUUUGUCCGGUGGUUCUCUCGUCAAGUCCCUAAGGAAAUUAGUGGAACCACCUUAUGUGGGUUCGAUAGAUUGGUCGAAAUGGCACGUUUUUUGGGUGGAUGAGAGAGUUGUUCCUAAAGAUCAUCAAGACAGUAACUAUAAGCUUGCUUUUGAUGCUUUUCUCUCCAUGGCACCAAUCCUUCCUGGUAAUGCUUAUGCCAUCAAUGAAGCCUUGACGGCUGAAGGUGCAGCUACUGAUUAUGAAACCUGUCUCAAACAUUUGGUUCAUAUUGGCGUGAUAGAUAAAUCUUCAGUGAGUGGGUUCCCAAAGUUUGAUCUAAUGCUUAUCGGCAUGGGUCCAGAUGGUCAUGUAGCUUCUCUUUUCCCUGGGCAUCCACUCCUCAAAGAAAAUCAGAAAUGGGUUACUCACAUCACAGACUCUCCAAAACCACCUCCAGACAGAAUUACCUUUACUUUGCCUGUCAUCAACUCAUCUUCACAUAUUGCACUUGUGGUGUGUGGUGCUGGUAAAGCUGGUGCGGUGCAAUCAGCGGUAGGAAAUAGUCAUAAUUCAGAUGUUUUAUCACCUGUACAAAUGGUUUCACCUGAAGGGGAGCUGAAAUGGUUUUUGGACAAAGAUGCUGCUUCAAAGCUGUAG